AUGAUGGUUUCCUCCGUACGACCCUCCAAGAAGCACUACGACAGCUCCUCAUCAGCGUCUUCGUAUGGGUCCUUCUCAUCCUCAGACUCUGAUGUCUCAGCAAGCUCCCUACGAGCCAGCAUGGAGCGUCCCGUCGCCUCAAUCGAGAUCAUCCGCUGUCUCCGCUGCGCGCGCAGCGUGGAGAUGACAACAACGGAUGAUGCCAGCAUGUACGGCAUGAUUCGAGUGGGGACUGGCAUCUACUACUGCGACAGCACUGCGCUGCCGCCAACACUGCCGCCACUACUCAACCCAAUCGACAUGCUGCACCAGCACAACACGACCAUGAACGCUGGGGAGCAUCUUGAGCCUCCAGCUUCAGCUCUGACAGGACCACCCUCCGCCAUCUUGGUGCCCCACUCCAUACCUGGUCAACGACCCCUCCGCUGA